AUGCGUGUUUCAGUACCAACCAUUAUCACCGGCCUUGGAGCACCAAAACGAACAAUUUCACCAGCUGCGGCGGUUGAACGUAUCGCAGACUUCCUUGCGCCAGGAAAAGUGACGCUACUUACCGGCGCAGGUGUUAGUGUUGCUUCGGGAAUCAGAGCAUAUCGGGGAAAAGACGGCAGAUAUAUGAACCCCAAUUAUCAGCUUCGGUCAUACUUGGGCUACCCCCCUGUCCGGGACACUCUGCCUAAUACCAGCCAUUAUGCAAUUGCUGCACUCCAAUACGCAUCAUACAUACCUCGCCUCGUGACGCAAAAUGUAGACGGGUUACACCACAAGGCGAUUGCACAUCUUUGGGAGCCAGACCAUAUCCAAAAGCAAAUACUUGAACUGCACGGGACCCUCCAUCGAGUACACUGCAAGCGCGGUCACGUAGUCCCUAGAAACACGUUCCAAAAUUGGCUUUCUGCUUCUAAUCCGCAAUGGAAGGUAUUCGUCGACAAUUUAGAGAAGACCGGGCAAAAACCACGCACGAAUCCUGAUGGUGAUGUGGAGUUGGAAGGCGUUUCUUAUGCCGAUUUCGUGGUCCCAGAAUGUCCGCAAUGUACGUUGGAAAGUCAACAGAGCUCUUUUGUAAGAGGCAGCGUUAUUGCCAUGCUUCAUAAUGUUGAACAGUCUGAAAGGGUUUUCGUCCUCGGCACCACACUGGCGACGUAUUCCGCAUUCAGGCUGGUAAAGCGCGCAUUAGAGCUGCGAAAACCAGUCAUGUUGCUGAAUGUAGGGCCAACGAGGGCUGACGGACUUUCCAGUUCCCUGGUGUUGCGAGAUGUAGUGCGAGCCAUCCUGGGUUCCCGAGCAAGUCAAGAUUCUGCGAUAGUUCAUCUUCUCCAGAGCGGCAUUCACCAGCCACCCGCAGAAGACCACGAAAUCAUAUCAAGAAAUACUUAGACUUGGAUAAGAAGAAAUGCUAUCCAUAAUAAUAGUAGUGAAGAUCAUAGAAUGCGUAGAUUAAUGCUGGCUACCCUGGUAUGCUGGUAUGGGCAAAUGUGGUAGCUAGUUAUAUGCGUAUGGUAAAGUACCGGCGAUGCAAAUGGAGACAACAGAGCAAGAAUGAGAACACUUAUGACAGAUAUAGAUGCAAUACAACAACGGUAUAUGAUCUUAGGAGUGGUCUUGAGGUUGUGUGCCCGGAUGGAGAGAGAGAGUCGGAGUUGAGCCGCGCUCUAUUAUGGUUACUCGAGGAGGCUCGUCAUCAUCGCCGUCGUCUUCAUGCAUGGGAUUGGUAUCUAUCAGCCAGGCUGGAGGUCUCAAAUCAGACCACGACCAAGACUGCCAGUGCCCAUGAUCUACAAGAGGCAAGUC